GGCGGCUCCUGUGAACUUCGAGUGUUUGACAACAGCAACAGGGCGCGUGAAUGCUGUCUGUACUGCAGAGAUGGAGAACUGUAGAGCACGCAGGCAGUCCGCACAUUUGGAUAAAAGGAGGAGCACCUUUAAAGAGCCAUGCUGGCUCCGGGAGCCAGACCUUUACCAAGGACCAUUAGUGAAAAUGCCAGGCAGAGAGAGGAGGGAAAACAAUGGAAAUUCAGACAACAUUGAGAGGAAAGCUUCAGCAAGAGAUAUACUACACAAGAGGGUACUAGCUCCCUCGCAACAGUCAAAUGUUUGUCCAGGUCGGCACGAGAACAGCGAGUGGAAGAGAGCGUUGUGCCACAGGAGUCCAGGAGCACAGGUUAAAGUAGCAGCGGUGGUUAAAACCUCCCUGACAACCGGUACCACUCCAAAACCCGUCCCUAGAAAAAGGAGGAAGAUUCACCCAUCUGUGUUUAGGGGCAAAGGCCAGUUGAAACUGACAGUAACGCCAGACAAUGGCUUGCUUCAUAUUCAGAUUUUGGAAGCCAGGGGUCUGCUGGGACGGGAGUGCAGGCCAUGUGACUCGUAUGUCAAGAUAACUCUAGUUCCAGAUGUUGACCACAGUCGAAGGCAGAAGACCAGGACUGUCAUCAAUUGCAAGAGUCCUGUCUUUAAUGAGUUCUUUAUGAUAGAUGUGGGUGAGGACAAGCAACUGAAGAGACUAUUAGUGACCGCUUGGAAUCGCAGUCGGACUUCUAGACGGAGUGAGUUCCUGGGCUGUAUGAGUUUUGGUAUUCACUCCCUCAUCACUUCUGCAAAGGAGAUUAGGGGUUGGUAUUAUCUCCUGGGUGAGGAGCUGGGCAGGAACAAACAUCUGCGAGUAGCUACACGUCGCAUCAAGCAAUCUGAUGAUGCUGCUCUGACCAACCAUGCUGUUGUACCUGAUAUUAUAUCCCCAGAGGACAUGCAAUCGCUAACCGUUACCAUUCUGAGGGGAAAGGAUGGUUUCGGCUUCACUAUAUGCUCAGACUCACCUGUGCGUGUGCAGGCUGUGGACCCAGGUGGUCCAGCUCACCAGGCUGGUUUGCAGCAGUUGGACACAGUGCUUCAGCUGAAUGGCCAACCAGUAGAGCACUGGAAGUGUGUGGACUUGGCACAUGCUAUCAGAAACUGCCGGAAUGAGAUCACCGUGGUGGUCUGGAGGACAAUGCCAGUCAUGAAGCCCUACUACGAAGGCCUGAUUCACAGGCCCUCGUAUAAAACUUCUGGCUUUGACAGUCUGUCUCCCACCACAAAGACCCAAAACAAAACGCCACCCCUGCUCUCUCGACCCUCCAACCACAAAGUAAGCCGUCGUAAGAAAGGAAACAGCUCUGAGAGUGCAGGAAGUGGAACCAGGGAGCCGACGUGGUCAUGGACGGGGAAACGAGAAGAGAAUGACUACAAAACACGUACACAGACCCUCAAGGGCACCCGUGUGACAUCAUCAAAUGGCGACAAUUACAUCAUCUUGUCCCCUGUCAAUCCGGGAAACCAAAUAUUACAACCUGUUUAUCCAGAGAGCAAUGGAACACUAGGAACGCUUGGGAGAAUUUAUCAGACUCACUCCUCAGGAGGAAUUCAACAGAGCACAGCCUUCCUCCAGGACACUGGAGUGGAAGCGCGAGCCACAUUACGCAGGUCUCUGAACAGCAAGACUGCCACAAUUCCACCCUUAUCAUAUAGACAGAGCUUCGCCAACUACCAGAACUGCACUCUUGUACAGUCGCAUCUUCCCCACUCCAGCUACGGCACUUACGUCAGCCUGGCCCCCAAGAUCCUCAUCUUCCCUGUGUUUGUACAGCCACUGGACCUGUGCAGCCCGGAGAGAAUGCUGUUGUUGUCUGAAGAGAUGAUCCUUCAUGACAGCACAAACAUGGCACUUAAGGUGACAGUGUUCAUCUACACCGACCUAAUGCUGCUGACUAGAGAGGACGAACCUGGUCGAUGCAACGUGCUGCAGAGUCCUCUCUACCUCCAUCAGAUCCAGCUGCAAGACGUUCCUGCAGAUAAACUGCGCCUGUAUGUCUCAUACAGAAUAGAGAGAACUGAAUGUCUGUUCAGUUUGGAGGCCUUUUCAGCCGAGCAGAAGAGAAGAGUGUACCAAUGUCUGAGAGACAACAUCAACAAGCAGCUCACUUCUAGUCCUGAUCAGAUGCUAGAGCCAAAGGCUGGUGAUCAGGCUGAUUUAGGACUGCUGGGCUUUGGAGCACACAGUGUUUCAGAACCAUGUUCUCCAUCACAACCCACUUGCUCCCCUCUCAGUGGCCUUACCAGAGCCAGAACCAGUAUCCCCUCUGAGUGUAUGUCAUAUCCCAGUGAGUGUGUCCAACCCCCUCCUACACUGGGAGACACCUCUAAAUCUGCACACACGGACCCUGCUGCCAUCUGGAAGGAGAAGGUGAAGGAGCCAAAGCGAGGUGAACGGGAGCCAGAGUUUGAGAGGAGGGAACAGGGUGAGGGUGAGAGCGCCAGACCCACGUCUUCAUCUUCCUCCUCAUCACCUCUCAUCAUCCCUAAACUGUGCCUAGAUCGUUCCUUCAAUCCAGACGCUCUUACCUCACCAUCUACUGAUGAUGAUGAUGAAGACCUUGAGGAGGAGGAGGAAGAGGAGGAGGAAGAGGACAGCGAUGAAGGCUAUCUGAAGCGGAGGAGCCUGGUAGAGAUGUCACCUGGCAGGGGCCAGCAGAGCACGAGGCUGUGUGUGCAGCGCUCGUUGCACCGUCGCACACACAGCGAGGGCAGCCUGCUGCAGGAGCCACGCUCACCACGCUUUAUCUCUGACCAGGCCAUACACUGCAUGGAUAACAGCAGAGAGAUGCAGCAGCGCUGGACUGUCCCCUCACCCCAGACACUGAGGAAAGAGCUCACAAAGAACAGAGGAUCUGUCCAUCAGAUCUGCCUGCUCUUCACUGGUAGAAGGGUCUGUGGUGAGCCAAACUGUAAGUGUCAAAUGGGGAAGAGCACCACGAAAAAGAAGAAAUCGAAAAAUCUUGCAAAAGAUAUGAAGAAUCGUCUGACCUUUCUUCGGAAGAAGAACAACAACAGACCCGGAAGCCAUCCAUCCAGCAAGCUUGAUAAAGUCCUCAAAUCAGACAAUAGACCUUCUCCAGAAGAAGCUCUUAAAUGGGGAGAAUCUUUUGACCUGUUGCUCUCUCACAAAUAUGGACUUGCCGUGUUCCGCUCCUUCCUGCAGACAGAGUUCAGUGAGGAGAAUCUGGAUUUCUGGCUCGCUUGUGAGGACUACAGGAGGAUCAAAUCUCUAUCCAAGAUGGCUUCCAGAGCGAAAAAGAUAUAUGAACAGUACAUCUCCAUCCAGUCAUCUAAAGAGGUUAAUCUAGACUCUUACACCAGGGAGCAGACCAAGGAGAACAUGGAGAGCAUUGGCGCUGACUGCUUCGACCUGGCCCAGAGCCGGAUCUUUGGACUCAUGGAGAAAGACCCAUAUCCUCGCUUCCUCCGAUCUGACAUCUACCUGGAUUUAAUCCACCACAAGCGCGUGCCACAACAAAGCUCCCUUAAAGCUGCUGAUUCUGACUGCUGAGUCUUAAUAUGUCAGUACCAUGAAGGAGAUACAUUUCAUAUCAAAUGGAUGUCAAACUGUAAACAGUGUUUGUUGGCCAGACCCUGUGUAUAGCACUGUGUUUGUGUUUUGUGCUGAUAUAGACACAGAAUGUACCAGUGAGGUGUAUUUUGAUUCAAUGCUGCCCCCUGUUGGAUGAUGUUGGUAAAAUGAUGACACAUGGACUUGGUCUGAAAUAUUGAUCACUGUGGCUGUAUUAGCAGCAUCCAGAGGGUGAAAGGCAGGUUGGGUAAUGAAGCAAAGAAGAAGCUUGGUACUGUUUUGUUACAAUCUGCCUUCACUAGUUAUAUAAAAUGAACAGGGCACAAAUGGAUGACAAAUUAAAGGAAAAACUUGUGGCUCUGUCAUGCAGUGGGGGGUAUUUUGCUGGCUUGAUUUGGAUCUACUUGUUACUGUGGACAGUACUAAUCAAUACAAAUUUAUUCAGACUGAUCACCUUUAUCUAUGAUGAAACAUUUCCAUCCUAAUGGGAGUGGUCUCUUCCAGCAUGACCCGACCCUAUCUACAGAGCACAAGAAAAAUGUAUGUAAAUAAUAUGCUAUGGCAUAUCACACUCACCAGAUCAUAACCCAGUUGAACACCUUUUCGGAGGUUUUGGACUGAUGUGUCAGACAACACUGUCCACCAACAUCAUAAAAACUGAGGCAAUAUCUUUUGGAAGAAUGGUGUUCAUCCCUCCAGUACAGUCCCAGAGAAUAUGUAGAAGUUAUGCCAUGGUGCAUUUGAACUGUUCUGGUGGCUCGUGUUGGGCUAACAUCUUACUAAGUCACUUUAUGCUGUUUGUUUUCCUUUUAAUUUGUCACCUGCCUGUACAUCAGAGAGUUUAAUCAGAAACACAGAAUGCCGUCUUACAUGAUUCCAGUGAUUAAAAUGGCUGGACUUUGCAUGUAUGAGUUUUCAGUACAUAAAAUGAGCUUUGACAGCAUAGAUUAAACCUGAGCUUAAGAGUCUGUUGGAAUUAUAACAUAAAGAAGCUGUAAAGGGAAGCAAAAGAAGUUAAAUCUGCUCCAGGAUUAACUGUGAAAUAAUAGUUCAUGCUGAUUGAUUUGUGCAUUCUAACAGAUACCAGCAGAUUUUAAAUACCUGAUACUGACCCUUUUCCAUUUGGUAAUUACAAAAGCUGUUCAGGAGAUUUCCAAUGAGGUUGUAAUGAAAUAAUCAUCCAACCAGCCAUCCUACAUGGCUUUUUAUGCAAGAAAACGUGAAAAAAAGUCACAUUCCUGAUGUUUAUUAAUUUUGUCAGCAGAUCAAAUCUGUAAACAUCAAAUCCAAUCCAGUGCAAAUGCAGCAUUUCAGACCGGGAUCGGGCCAAUUCCGAUACACAACACAGCACUGUAGACUUCAUACCUGUUUUCAUUUAAAAGUGCAAUACAUGAGCUCUCCCCUCCAGCUGACCUCACAAUGGAUAGAACUAAAUGUGCAUCUUUAUAUUGAUCAGACGUCUUCUGUCUACAGUGGAUACAGGUGAUUAUAAGGAGAUAUGAAGAUUUGGGGAGUGUCAUGGUAAAACCUUUUGUGUUGUUGAAAAUGUUCCUGUUUCCUGUUUUUAGGGAGGCUCUGUUAUUAUUUAAGUAUACAUCUGAGAUGUUAAACAAUAAUAAAUCCUCAGUGUAUUGGUUUUUUAGUUGCUAUGAAGUAACUGAGCAUAGAGUAUAUAUUUAGUGCAUAAAAGUCAGAAAUCAUAAAUUUCAUGUUCAUUUAGUGUUUUAAGCUUCUCGGAGAUCUGAGUUAUAUUAAAUUGCUUUUUUAAAAUCGUAACUUCUUGCUAUAAAUAUGAUCUUUGCUGUAUUUAUUUGUGUGCUCACCAUCCACUUACUGCUGCCUGUGAGUGCUCUAUAUUGAGAUUAAUAAAGCGACAUAACAUAGUA